GAGAGAAGUCAGUGAAGGCGUUUACAACCGAGGUGUGAAGGAGCAGCUAACUUACAUGUGUACAGACAUGCUGAAGAACAUCUCAGACUCUGUCACUAGAACCAUCUUACAGUCGUCCUCCACAUCUGGCACCUUCAACCUGACCAGCCCCAUGUCCUCAGAGCACAUGAUGAAGCUUUUCAACUGCAACAUCCAAAGUUGUGUGGAAAGCUCCUUGAGUCAGGCUGUUUGUCAGGUCAUCGGUGAGGACAUCCCUGCAAGGAUCUCGCCUGAAUUGACACAGGCCACAGUGACUGAGGUGCUGGGUGAGGUCAACUCUGUCCUGACCACACAAGCAUCCUCCAGCACCGCUGCUCCUGCCAGCAGCCGAGUGUCCAAAGACAGAGCAGGAGAGAAGUGUUUGGCAGGAGCUAUUACAACAAUGAAAUCCUUCCUCACAGGACGAGGUACUCUCGUCAUGAGAAGGAUUAAGAAACGACAAAGUUUGGAGCCCAACAACAAAGAGGAGAAGGCAGCGAGAGGACAAAGCACCAGGAGGAAGGACUCUCUGUUGAAGAGAUGUUUGAUUGCAAGGCUGAUGUCAAAGAUCCAGCCAGCACCAGUGGGAGAUGUCACUGAACCUCAGAGUGAUCAAAACAGCAAAGCAGACCUGAGGGUCACUCCAGUGGAGUUGGAGGACAACAUGGAGGACGGGGACAAGUCACCAGACUCCUCUCUGUCUGCCAUCGACUCAGUUCCACCUGAGCUCCAUGAAGACAUGAGCAAUUCCUCUCAGUGUCAGUCCAAAGACUCUAAGAGGAGAAACGGCUUCUGCCGCUUUUUCUGCAAAAUCCUUCCAAAGGAUCAGAAAAAUAAGAGGAAGGAGACGGACAAGAAUGAGGCGAAGGAGGCUCGGUCCAAACAGGUUCCUCUGUGGAUACGGCGGCUUUUCGGCAGCUGUUCUUCCAACAAGUAACUGGACCUGCAGCCAUCUCUAGUCUCUCCCCACUUCUCCUUUCAUCCCCUCUUCCCCAUACCCUCCACCCCUUCCUCCCCAUAUCCUCCACCCCUUCCUCCCACUUCUUCCCAUAUCCU